AUGGCGUCUGCCAAGGCCAAAAGAAAGAAAGGAAGACAGAAAGGAACUCACAACGAACUCAUCAUCCGGCGUCCUUCUGCAAAAUAUGAAAAAAUCAUGAAGAACAAGCUUCAGUUGGGGACCAGACUGCGGAAAGAAUCACUUAUGCCUCCAAUACCAUCAGCGAGAAGUUCGCCUUUCUUUAGAAAAGCAUCAACUCCUCGACGGCAGGAUGGCCAGCGCCCUAACACACCAGUAGAUCAAGAAGGUGAUCAAAGCAACGCAGAUAAUGGAAUCAUGGUGGUGGGAGAAACUGGUUAUUUACCGCUGAAGUCUAGGAAGAAAAGUUCAGCAGAGAAAUUAAGUGACACUGCAUUUCAGCUUUAUACCCUUGAAGACUCUAACAAACUUCCUAGAAUCUUAAAACCCAAGAAAAAAGUUUCCAAGGGUUCAAAACGAAAGAAGAUUGCCGCCACGAAUGAUCAAAACAAUAAUUCAAUUGAAGAAAGUCAAGAAGACGAUAUGGAACCCAGGUUGAAAGCAAUUGAGGUGGAAAAACCGGGGACCUCAGAAGACGAAGGGGAAUUGCACAACAAAUACGGUUUGGACUUGAAGAAAGAUUUCAGUAAGUUUAUCAGCUAACUAACUGGCCAUGACUGACCAAUACCAUAGUAAUAACAUUAAUUUUACGAAUAAAAAAAC